GUGACGUCAGGGGCCCAGAGAGAGGCUGGGGCCGCGGCGGCCGGAGCGGGGCCGGAGGGGGCGCGGGCGACGACAGCGGCGACAGCGGCGACAGCGACCGAGGGGGGGGCCCGCAACAGCCCCCCCGCUCCCCGGCGGCGGCGCUGACAACGCGCCCGGAGCAGCGGGGGCGGCCGCGGACACCAUGUCCUCCCCCAGCCCGGGCAAGAGGCGGAUGGACACCGACGUGGUCAAGCUCAUUGAGAGCAAACACGAAGUCACGAUCCUAGGAGGACUCAAUGAAUUUGUCGUGAAGUUUUAUGGACCACAAGGAACACCGUACGAAGGCGGAGUAUGGAAAGUUAGAGUCGACCUUCCUGAUAAAUACCCUUUCAAAUCCCCGUCUAUAGGAUUCAUGAAUAAAAUUUUCCACCCCAACAUCGAUGAAGCGUCGGGAACCGUAUGUCUAGAUGUAAUCAAUCAAACUUGGACAGCUCUCUACGAUCUCACCAAUAUCUUUGAAUCGUUCCUGCCCCAGCUGCUGGCCUAUCCUAACCCUAUAGAUCCUCUAAAUGGCGAUGCUGCAGCCAUGUACCUCCACCGACCAGAAGAGUACAAACAGAAAAUUAAAGAAUACAUCCAGAAAUAUGCAACAGAAGAAGCACUAAAAGAACAGGAAGAAGGCACCGGAGACAGCUCAUCCGAGAGUUCCAUGUCUGACUUCUCGGAAGACGAGGCUCAGGACAUGGAGUUGUAGUAGAAGAGGCAACCUGCUUUUCAGAGAGAGACUCUAAUUUCCUAACCGUGAGAAGCAGACUAUAAUAUUCAUAUUUAAACAAAGCAAUUUUUUUUAUUACUAAACAAGGUUUUUAUGAAUAAUAGCAUUGAUAUAUAUAUAUCUCACCCUUUAGAUCUUGAUUUUCUUGGUCAUUUCUUGAACCCGAGGUGCAUCGCAUAUUCCCACAUUCCAUUUUGGUAGCAAUAUGCAGCCCGAAUGCAUGCAUUCAGAUUCCAUUUGGCCAAGUCAUCAACUUGUGUGCUACUGAACUGUCAGCCGGAAGAGCUGCCCUGGUAGGUAGGGAGUUUAGCAAGACGACUUUUGCUUUCUUAUCGAUGUUUCCAAAGACACCACCUUGGACGUGAACGUGGAAUGACGUUUUCUCAGAGUGUAAAGUCGGGGGGACGGUGCACGGACUGUGUAGAGCGGUGGGGUGGAAGGUGCUCCUUGAGGUCAACCUUGCUGAUCGUUACUUCACAUGGAGUCACAUUUAAAAGAGAAUAAAACAAGAACAGACGAUACAAAUGCGUGGAGCUACUCAGAGCGUCGAGGCGUAAACAUAUUCCGACUUGGAUUGUCGGUCUGGUUUUGUAUGUGGGCUCCUGCCUGCCCUCCUGAACUGCAGGGACUGACAACCACUGCUCUAUUCGCUUUUGGGACUUUGGAAAGCCUUCAUCUGGAUGUUGUUCACUUUCUCGGUCUGGAUUACAAGCUGUUCCCUUUCCGGGAGGAUAAAAACCCGACACAGACCACAGAGGAUGCUCUCUGUGACGCAGCUGGAGCGCGGGCGAAGCCAGACUCUUACCUUGUCGUAGUUUUGAACCUGCUGCCCUUUAACAGCUUCAAGUUUGCUUUCUUUCUGGUCAAACACCUCGUGAACUCUCUCCGUCUCCCAUGAGGGCCCCUGACUGGAGGGAUGAGCCUCGCUGAGAGCUUCCGACCCAUGAAGACCGGCCCAUUGGCUGUCGUCCACGAACCCAUCGGCACGCAUUUCAUUCUCCUUUUCUCCUUCAGCUUGGUUUCCCAUCUGCUUGUGUGUGUGCAACAGGAUUAAAGCUCCUUAAGAGUUAACAAAGAGUAUGAGCUAGAAAACAAUUGAGACAAUAAAAAAAGCCUAAAAGCACCAAUUGAGGAAGGAAGUGAAUCUGCUCUGUUUUGUUUGGGUUUUUUUUUUUUUGUUUUCCAGGAUGCUUCCGAGUUGGAAUGUUUGAUUUCUCCUGGUGUCCUUCCGCCAGCUGAAGUUUCUCUUUGUUUCGAUGAAAUCUGACGUGGUAGAAGUCGCCCUGGGACGCCGCUGUACUUGAAUUUGGAUGAUUGUGCAUUGGAGAUCCAAACUAAGAUGAAUUUUUAAAGCAGAAUGUUACCUGCUGUGCUCUUUGGGGAGGGUUGGAGGGGUUAUUCAGUCAAGCUCUUUUAAUUUAUGGUGCGGCCUACGGGAUGGCACAUGGGAAGAUCCUCUGACCCUAAGCGACUCGAGCUGGGUUUGGGAUGCCAGAGCAGUUCCUUUGUCCCAGAAUCAUUGGGGUUUGGGGUUUUUUUUUGCUUUAGAAAUGCCACCGAGUUUUGAGUUGUCGGGGUUGGAAGGUUACAAUCCUCUUUCUGAUUCAUAAAGCACAAUCAGUUUAUUCUUUUUUCUUUUGGGGGGGAAAAAAAAACCCCUCAUAAAGUACCACUUUGCUUUAGCAUGAUUUUCCUUAAUAAAAACGUACAAAGAGUUUCCUUUUGGUUGAUUUACGGGCAUGAAACGAAGGUUUUUUUCCUCGCCUUUCCCCCCGUUUUCAUUUUGAAGCAGUGGUGUUAGGGCUGUGGCUAGUGACUGUGCUGAAGUUCUCUCUCUCUAGCAUUUGUGGCUUGUCGGAGGGGUAAUAUUAACUAUUUAACAUGUAAUGGUGUCCUUAACUCUUAUCUAGCACGCUGUUUGUCUCAUUACUUUGGGGAGGGAGGGGCCACGUUUUGCUGGCACUGUUUAACUUGCUUACCUGCUGGCCUAGCAGUUUGCUUGUGCUAUAACCUUUACUGUAGGUGCUACUUAGGAGUAGAGUUAAGUGCUGGGUGGUGAUAUCGGUUCAAAAGACAAAAAAAAAAAAACCCAAAAAAAAUCACAAUAAAAAUUUGUAUUUUUUCAA